UCACGCUAUAACGCCAAGUGCGAAGCUACAAAGUCCCACUCUGUGAUCAGUUGCAUUAAAUCCUUCUUCUAACGACUAACAUCUGAGACGGCGAGUGAUCAAUCGAUCCAUCCUUCGAUCUUUGUAAGAAGAAAGACGAGCUCUGCUACUAAUCUCAGUUCCGAUUGUGGGUUGUGUGUGUUUAAACUGGAAAGAAAGAUAGGGAACGAUCAUCGAAAGAGGAAGAAAGAUUCGGAUUCAUCGGAUCAACCAGAGAAGCAGAAGCAGAAGCAGAAGCAGAAGCAGCCGCAGCAGCACAGAAAGAAGAUCCAAAUGUCGAAUUCCAAUCAAGUGAGGGCGUCUCACAUCCUCAUCAAGCACCAGGGUUCAAGAAGGAAAGCUUCUUGGAAGGAUCCAGAAGGUAGAGUCAUCAUGAACACCACAAGGGACAGUGCCGUCUCUCAGCUUAAGGCCCUCCGUGAGGAGAUCGUCACCGGAAAAGCCAAGUUCGAUGACAUCGCCUCUCGCUACUCCGAUUGCUCCUCCGCUAAACGUGGCGGCGACUUAGGUCCUUUCGGCAAAGGGCAGAUGCAGAAGCCUUUCGAAGAAGCAACAUAUGCUCUGAAAGUCGGUGAGAUUAGCGACAUCGUGGAUACCGAUAGUGGCGCUCACAUAAUCAUGAGAACUGGUUGAUUGUCUAUCCAAGCACAAAGCCACAGAUCUAUUUUUCUUUUCGAGUUGGGUGUCUGUUGCUCAUCAAUUUGGGCCAUUGAGCCAUGUUAUUAUACGCUCAUGGCAAUUCAGAUAGGUCUAUUGGAAUCCUCUCUCAUAAAUGCUUAUUUAUAUAUAGACACUGUAUUUGGAGGUAAUUGUGUGGGAACGAUUCAUGAUCAGCAAGAGCUGCAAAUUGAGCCAUGCUAUUACAUGCUCUCAUGGUCAUUUAGAUAGUUUUAUUGAAAUCCACUCUUAUUAAUUCAUAAAUGCUUAAUUAUAUUUUGGAA